GCGCUACGUGCGGAAAAAUGGACCUGACAUUGGAUUAUGGUCUGUUGGAGGAGUUGAAGGUAUAAGGGGAGCAGUUCUAGGUACAAUGGUGAAGUAGAACGUGGGGUUCUAGGUGUAGUUAAUGGACUGAUGUCUUGUUCUCAGGUGGAAGAAUAGACCAUGGACACCAUGAGGGGAAGGCAAAGCAAGCGCUGCAUGAGGCUGUACAAAUGGACGUCGCUAUUGGAGUAUCAGGGAACAUGACGUCAGUAGAAGACACCCUCACAGUGGUCACCGCCGAUCACUCCCACGUCUUCACCUUCGGAGGUUACACUCAUCGAGGGAACUCAAUCUUUGGUUUGGCUCCAGCUCCCAGUGACUUGGACCUAAAGCCUUUCACUUCCAUCCUCUAUGGGAACGGCCCAGGCUACAAACUGGUCAACGGCCAAAGGGAAAACGUCUCCAGUGUGGAUUUUUGUAAGUCACUGGGGCUCAUUUAUAAACACUGGGCAAAUUGGCCCAUGGGCAGUAACCCAUAG